UUUGGACAAUAUUGGAUGGCUUUUUAUUUUCUUUCUGUGCAUCCAACAUUCAUGGGGACAAUACUACGUAUUCCAAUCAAGCAGAACGGUAUUCUAUCAUCUGGUCCAUAUGUAUUGCAAACUCUAGCUGGAUGGAGUGUAUGCUGGUUAUCAUUAUGGCUUACACGGACUAAAAGAGCUCCAGUCGAUUCAUUACGUAAAGGAUGCAACACUUUAAGUUGUUCUGUUUUUGCUUUGGGACUGCUUGGAAUCUAUUUCGCUGGGUGUGACACCUUGUGGAGCGAAGUUUCUCUGUUCGUCGCCAUGGGCAGUGUUGGGUUUGGAUUCGCUGGAAGCCUCAUAACAGCAGUCGACAUGUCGCCAACCUUCUGUGGACCAUUGAUGGGCUUUGCUAGUACAGUUGGAAGCUUGGCAGGCUUCAUCAUUCCCGUGAUAGUCGGUACUUUGACAAAUGCUGAGCAAAAUAUGACGCAGUGGAAGUUGGUUUUCCUCAUAUCUGCAGGAGUAGGAGCAGGAAGCGGUCUUCUAUUCCAGAUUUUUGGAUCCGCAAAUGUUCAGCCAUGGGAUCCGGUAUCACGAAGUCAGAGGGACGUUGAAAAAAAGAAAAAUUCAAAACUGAAGAUCUUUGCCUCAAAUAAUUAAAACACAUAAAAUGGAUCAUAAUACACAUUCUUUAGCAUCAAAUUUGUAUCAGAAUCAUCAAAUGUUCAGCCAAUCACGAAAUCAGUAAUACUCUUAAAGGGCGGUAAAGAAAAAGACAAAAUCAAAGCUGAAAAGGCUUUCAUUAAAUAAUUAAAAACCGUUAUGAAAUGGACCAUAAUACAACUUCGUGCAGCGUCUACCCGUUUAACCUGCAAGAACUCUUGU